GGGACUCAGACCCUAAGAUUUGGCAACAUUCCUGCCAAUUCCCCAAUAAUCUAUAUUGGGAGUGAGGCAUUAGGGAGAUAUUCCAGAUGUGUACAGACAAACAAGACUGGGGGGGGACCGGUACAUCCCACAGCAAAUACUCCCCCCCCUUUGGAUGCAGAUCUACAACAAAAUACCAGAACAACGAGGAACAACACCACUAUGUGGAGAAGCCCAGGCUUGUUUUUUACCUGCUGUUCUACAAGCAGAAAUUCAACAGGUGAAGUUUUCACCAGCAUAGAAUAGAAUGAAGCAAGGAAACACCAUCGGGAUAAUUUUAAUUCUGGCCUACAACUCCUAUUAGCUCCAUGCUACCUAGUCCAGGUGAGGGAUUGUGGCAGUUGCAAUUCUAAACGCCUGAGGACCCGAAGGCACACUGUCUUUCCAGUGGGAAAGCUGACCUUAACAGCAGCACUGAUGCCAUACGUGGAAGUCUCAGUCUGCCAAGCGUUAUGAGGAGAAAACCCACACAAAGAGACUUGUGGCACCCAGAAGGCUGACACAGUUGUUGCAGCAUAAAGCUUUCCUGGACCAGAGCCCAUCGGGUGCAUGAAUCACAGUCAGGAUCAGAGAAUGAAGCUGGCAAGUGAAACGGCAUAGUUUAAAAAACGAGAUUUUCCUCCACCCUUUCCAAGAGCUUUUAAUCAACAGGAAUUUGCAGGGACUUCUCAUGGAAACAGAAAAGAAAACCCGGCUCAACGCUUCUUCCCCUCAUCUCUUCCUUUUGUGGUGGAAAAAGCCACGUCGGGAGAAAAAAUUCCACUUCGAUGCCCUCCUUAAAGACACAGGCAGCGGACGACGCCCCUCCGAGCGCCGCCCGGUCUACCCCGGAGUUGUUCGCUCGGCGUCUGCACAGCAUCCCGGCAGUAAGGCAAGCUUAUCGGACGGCGCUAAGACCGAGGAGCCGCCUUGGCGUGGAAAGGAUCGCCCUCUCCGCUGGGUCCGAGCGCCUCCCGGAUGCCCCUCGGAGGCCGGCCAGCCAGCCAUCCAGGCUCUUUUGUUCUGCAGCGGCCGGGCGGCGAGCGAGCGAGGUUUCCCACCGGACGCUCAGCUCCUCUCCCCACCCACAGCCGGCCCAUUGAAACCCUCCGCUGCCGCAGAUCACAAUGCAAAACAGCGAUGUCCCUGUAGCGGAACGAGCUCUUGUUCCUGGUGCCCAAUGGAGCCAUCUCACAGGUGGCAGGUCGAGAGGGGUGAUGGGCAUCCAGCAGAGCUACAGACAAAGUCUCGGGUGCUGGUACCAAGUGGGACUGGUUGGUCAAGAGCAGAACACCAUGGCAGCACUGGGCUUGAGAACCAGGUGAUAGAAACCUGUCCCUCAGUUCCUUGGUCUCACUAUACGCAGAACUCGCUCAGCAGUGACAUCCCCCAGAACCAUAUGGCUAUAGAAGACAGACCUUCCCAUCCUGAGAUCUACAGCAUUGCCCUGUGGGGGCCAAAACUACAUUCAGCACUGACCAAACAUAGAGGGGGGAGAGCCAAUGCACAGGCCUCUGCACCUAAUUCUAAGCGUUCGGGUCAGUCAGGAGAUGCAGCUGAUGAGGGGUCCCUGGUGCUGAUUGAUGCCGAAGGGGUGCCCCAUACAGUUACCCAAGAGGAGGUGGAGCUUGCUGGGCAAAUGCAAUCCUCAGAGCCUGAGCUGCUGGCCUCGGCCCCACCACCACGACAGCUGUACUUCUGCCCCAUUUGCCUACGGACGUUCCUGUACCAAUCAGACCUAGAGCGCCAUAGCAUCACUCACUCGGAGAGCAAGCCGUACGUGUGCCGUGAAUGCGGCAAGGCCUUCAAACGUUCCUCGCACCUUCAGCGACACAAGCACAUUCAUACUGGCGAACGGCCCUUCAACUGCCCAGUCUGCCGCAAGGGUUUCCGGGAAUCUGGGGAGCUGUUGCGCCAUCAGCGAGUCCACACAGGGGAGAAACCCUACCAGUGCCAGAUUUGCAGGUUGCGCUUCACAGAACGCAACACCCUCCGCCGGCAUGCCAAGCGCAAACAUGCCAGAGAGACCUACUACCAGCGCUCCGUUGAGGAGGGUGGCGGCAGUUGGACUACUGCGGGGGACUGGGAAUCGGAAGUAGUGUCUGGAGCUGGUGACUGGGGGUCUGAGGAGCUUGAGAGUGGCUGGACCAAUGAAGCAGUGGAGGACUGGGUAGGGGAUGGAAGCCACUGGGGGGAAACUGCAGAAGGUGGGACAGAAACCUCUCCUGUAGCCACGACAUAUCUACAAGACAGGGGGGAGCCUAUCCAAGACAAAGACACACCCGUGAACCAACCCCCAUAAAUAUGUAACACCAGGGGACAUGAGCUACAGAGGAAAACUGGGAAGUGAAGCUUGGUUUGAAACUAUUUAUAGGGACUUGCAACUUUUGUAAUUGCAUUGAGACUUUUUCCAUGAUGAAAGGCAUGAAAAUAAGGAUCACACCCAGCCCUAGAGAAUGUUAUAAGCCUUGAAAUGUUAAUGCGUGGGCAUCACCAAAGACUGUUGGUGGACAGGAAAUCACAAUUGUCUGCUCCUGUGAACAACUGUAUUAUGCUAUCCAGAGGUGUGGCAGGAAUGGAGAAAUUCCUCUUGCAACUCUACCAAACUAAAUGUUGAUAUUUAGUGAUCUUCUGUAAGAGUCUUUGCAUUUUAAUUUUGCAAACAUUUCAGUGAAUUAACAUAUGCAAAACAGAAGUGGUCUGUUAUUAUAAUUGUUUUCUCCCACUUUCUUCCUGGUAAAGAUGAAUUACAGUUUGGAAGUAUAUUGUUCAUCCAGUCACAGCAUCCCUUAAAGCAAAUUAGGUCAUCACCUGAUCCACGGUACCACAUAUGUUCAGAAAGGCAAGAUUCUGGCAGUGAAUGAGAAGAGGCUAUGUGCUAGCACGAUGGUUGCCCUGCAAACUUCACCAUGGUAAAAUAUAUCUGAAGAAUGGUGGCAGAUACAUUGUUUAGGAAGAUUGUUCCCAAUUCUGUUAGGAGUUACUAGACCCUUCACAAAACUACAGUUCUCACAGUCCAUUGUAGUGGGAGAAGAUAUAUCAGUUAAUUGGGGUUACGUUUGUAGUAUAGAGUUACCACUCGACAUUUG